CAACAUUUUCCAUCAUCCUAUAUAUCCUUAUGUAACUAACUGGACAUAUAUUUUUGGGUUUUGGGUGGGCCCACCAAAAUCUAUUCAUCCCAUCAUAACCCCAAUUGCUUAAAUCCCAAUUUAACUCCUUUUAAUUAGGCAGUGAGUGAAAACAAAUUUCUUUCCGCUCCAUAAAAUAUAAUUUCAGUUCCACUUCAACACCAUAAUUAGUAUUUAAAUAAAUGGCAGAAAAUCUGAAUAAUUAAUACUCAGACUGCAUUUAUUUUUUCCUGCUCUUAUAAUAUGCAGAGCAUCAUCAUCACAAAUUAAAAAGCCUUAAUAUAUAUAUAUAUUCUAGAAAGAGAGACAAAAACUGUAUGUAAUAUGUAUAUAUUAAUAUAGAGGGUUCUGUUUUUGCAGUUAUAAAUUGAUCUUACAUUUGGAAUAAAAACACUUCCACUCUGGUCCAAACUAUGUACUCAACAACAUUUUCUUCUUCCCGCGCCGCCGUUUACAUCACCUUCAUUGUUCUUGCCAUGGUUAAAGGUAGUACAGGGACUAUAUUCACCCUGGUAAACAGAUGUGAUUACACUGUGUGGCCUGGAAUUUUAUCCAACGCCGGCGGCUCCGGUUUCUCCACCACAGGUUUCCAACUCCCUCCCGCCGCCACCAGGUCCUUCCAAUCUCAACCCGGCUGGUCCGGCCGUUUCUGGGGCAGAACCGGUUGCUCCUUCGACCCCACCACCGGCCAAGGUACCUGCGCCACAGCAGAUUGCGGCUCCAACCAAAUCGAAUGCAAUGGCGCCGGCGCUACUCCUCCCGCCACCCUAGCCGAGUUCACCGUUGGCUCAGGCGCCGCCCAGGAUGAUUUUUAUGACGUCAGCCUAGUCGAUGGCUACAACUUGCCCAUGAUUAUCGAACCGGUCGGCGGCUCCGGCGGUUGCGGUUCGACCGGGUGCGUGGCAGAUCUGAACCGAAUCUGCCCGAACGAGCUCCGGGCAGGGGACGGGAAGGCGUGCAGGAGCGCGUGCGAGGCGUUUAGGAGCCCGGAAUAUUGUUGCAGUGGGGCCUACGCCUCACCGGACACGUGUCGGCCGUCGGUUUACUCGGAGAUAUUCAAGAGUGCCUGCCCCAGAUCGUACAGCUACGCGUACGAUGAUGCCACGAGUACUUUUACCUGUAAUGGAGCGGAUUAUACCAUUACAUUCUGCCCUUCACUCACAAGUCAGAAAUCUUCAAGUGACACGUCAUCACCGGCGGCAGCCGCAGACACUGCUGGUGGUGGGUCAAGUUCUCAGCCACAAGAUAACAAUAAUAAUAAUAACAUGCCGGCGUGGCUGCCAAAUUUUGUAAUUGGAGGCUCAUCUAAUUUUGCCAUGAACUCUAAUCUCAUAAUUAUUACUUAUGUAGUGACAAUCUUGUUCUCUUUUAUUUAGAGUCACAUAAUGAAAGGAAUUGCCAAGCACAAAUUUUUGCAAGCAUAUACAAUUUGUAUAGAAAUGAUUCAAUGAUACUCCAUCAGUUAAUAAUUUCGAGAAUCAUGUUCGUUUAUAAUUUUUUUUUGCG